AUGUAUCAAUCAUAUCCGCAAAUGAUGCAGUAUCCUGUUAAUGAGGAAGUUGUUUAUCCUCCGUACCAGCAACAGGUAUACAUGCAGCCAACCACGAUGAUGACUCCAACUUCGGUUGAAAUGUACCCUCCGCAACCAACCAUCGUCAUGCCGGUACCACAGAAUACGAUGCAACAGCAGCAAGUUUCAGUCAUGCAAUGUCAGCCACAAGAACAAAUGACCCAAUUGCCUCAGACUCAGCUUGAGCAGUCGCAAAUGCUCCCUACCCAUACUGAUUACGUUCAGUAUUCUGCACAGCACUACCCGACUCAAGUGAUCACCUGUGCGCCACAGCAGUAUCAAUCACUUGCUCACCCUUCUUCGUACCAGACGCAGUACCAACAAGUCAUCUACCCCCAUCAAAUGGUUCAGCAGCAGUUGAUACAACCUCAGCAGUACCAGACCACGUUUGUCCAGGCUCCUGUACAGAAUCCGUACCAGCCGACUGUUGUACAAGCCCCCAUGCCUCAGCAGUAUAUGGCCCAGCAGCCAAUUGUGCAUGUGCAGUCACCUCUCUACCAGCAACAAACUCAGCCUGUUAGACCGCGAUAUCCUGCGAUGACGAUGGCGCCAAUAGCUGCGCAGCAGUAUGUGGAUGGAUCCAAAGCCGAGCCUCCACCAGCAACAUACCAGCCGGUUGCGUAUGGACAGUGG